AUGGAACAAUCAUCAUCAGAAACCAGGAAGCGAAAAUACGCAACUGAAGCAGCAUUACCAGAACAUUCCACGAUCCGAAGUAGAAAGAAAGAACAACAGCAACAGCCAAGCCUCAGAAACCCACUUCAAGAUCUCAAUAAUGGUGGCAUUGCAAGCACCGGCAUUGAUAACACCAGCAAUGCUUCUUCUUUAUCCUACACUGAAUCUUCAAAGGGUUAUCUCAGGUUCUUCCUCUCUCACGCUUCUUCCUCUAAGACUACAAAAGCCCCAUUAAAAAAUGGUGGUAAUAAUACUCAAAGACAGGUUAAAGUAAAGCCCUUCUCCUCCAAAACCCCUAAGUCAGCACCUAGCAUGAGACCCAGUAAGGAGAAAUCACCAAGGAAGAAACUUUUUGAUAAACCCAUUUCAAAAGAGGUGGAGAAGGGGAAGAGAAAGCAUCCUCCAUGUCUGUAUCAGUGGCAAUCUGGUAAGAAACUCACAUCAUAUAGGAAAGGAAUUCAUGAUAGUUCUAAAGUUUGUUUCUUUUUGGAAUCCAAUGGUAGUCUUGUAAGUAAUAAUCUGAAAUCUGGGUCUGGAGAGUUUGAAAAGGUGAUAAUUGAUGGAGUUUGUGAAGGUAAUGAAGCAAAUUUGACUCUGUGUAAAGUGGCAAGUGGGUCUGGUUUAAAUUUCGGAGUUGAUGGGAGUUGUAAAACUGACACAAACUCAACAAGUAGCAAUACCAAGACACCUCCAAUUCAGCCCUCAGCAUCACCAGAGAUACAAUGUGGAUCAUCUAUGAAGCUAAUGACAGAAAAAAUGGUCACUCCUCCUACUUGUUAUGGUGCUGGUCAUGUUUUUUCUGGGGUCACUGACAAGAGGAAGUGUAAGCCCAGAGGGAUGCUGCUCAGUGAAGGGAAAGCCAAAGCUAGUGGUAGUUUUGAUACAGAUGAUAAUACCCAACAAGAGAAUGAGAUAGGUCUUGUUGAAAAUUCUGAUGUUUCUAUAUUGCCUUUGCCUAUUGAGGCUUCAGUGCAUUGGUUUUUAUCACCACCUGACGAGGAGGAUGAGGAUCAAAAGAAGAAUUCUUGA